AUUGGUAUGAGCAUAAACUAGAAAAAAACCUUAACUAUGUAAAACCUCACACUCUCAGCUUCGAUUCCUGUAAGGAAAAAAAAAGUAAAGAAGAAAUGCUGAGAAGAGCGUUGCGGCAAUGUUACUCACUUCAUCGCCCCACGGUGCCACGACACUAUCGAAGGUUCUGUUCUUCUUCUUCUUCAGAGACCACUGCCACCACAAUAUCCAUUGACCGUUCUACCCUUUACAAUCCACCUGAGCAUGCUCACCACCCAACUUCUGAUUCCGAGCUCGUCAAGCACCUCAAAGGCAUCAUCAAGUUUCGUGGAGGGCCUAUUUCCCUUGGUGAGUACAUGUCCGAAGUUUUGACAAAUCCUAAAGCUGGGUACUACAUCAAUCGGGAUGUUUUUGGAGCAGAGGGUGACUUUAUCACCUCUCCCGAAGUUAGCCAGAUGUUUGGUGAGAUGGUUGGUGUCUGGGUGAUGUGUCUUUGGCAGCAAAUGGGCCAACCUCAGAGAAUAAAUCUAGUUGAGCUUGGCCCCGGACGAGGAACUCUCAUGGCCGAUCUCCUUCGCGGUGCUUCAAAGUUUAAGAACUUCAUUGAGUCAUUGCAUGUGCACUUGGUGGAAUGUAGUCCAGCACUGCAGAAGCUUCAGCACCAGAACUUGAAAUGCGUUGAGGAAGAGAAUGGUUCUCAAGAUACUGAUGUAAGAACUGCCAGGUCUUUGUUUGGUACUCCUGUAUCGUGGCAUGCAAUGCUGGAGCAGAUUCCAUCAGGAUUGCCAACAAUUAUAAUUGCGCAUGAGUUCUUUGAUGCCCUUCCAGUCCACCAGUUUCAGAAAGCAUCUCGAGGCUGGUGUGAGAAAAUGGUUGAUGUGGCAGAAGAUUCAUCGUUUCGUUUUGUUCUUUCUCCACAGCCAACACCUGCUACUCUCUAUCUAUUAAAGCGGUUGAAAUGGGCUGCACCCGAGGAAUUUGCCGAGCUCAAUCAAAUUGAGAUUUGUCCCCAAGCCAUGGAGUUGACCCAAACCAUUGUUGACAGGAUAAGUUCUGAUGGUGGAGGAGCUCUAAUCAUUGACUAUGGCAUGAACGGAGUAAUCUCGAACAGUCUCCAGGCAAUUCGGAAACACAAGUUUGUGAACCUUCUAGACAAUCCUGGAUCAGCCGAUCUCAGUGCAUAUGUUGAUUUUGCUUCCAUUAGGCAUUCUGCAGAGGAAGCUUCGGGAGAAGUGUGUGUUCACGGGCCAAUUACUCAAUCUCAAUUUCUUGGUUCUCUUGGAAUAAAUUUUCGUGUUGAGGCACUCCUUCAGAACUGCACGGAGGAACAGGCUGAAACCUUGCGAACAGGUUACUGGAGACUUGUUGGUGAUGGUGAAGCUCCCUUUUGGGAAGGACCCGAUGAAGAUGUUCCGAUCGGUAUGGGUACUCGCUACCAGGCAAUGGCUAUAGUCAACAAGAACCACGGUGUUCCUGUUCCUUUUCAGUAACCCAAACCCUAAUCAAAUUAAACACCCAGGUUUGAAUUCAGAUCAACUUCUGAUACCUACAAUUUUUUCUUCUAUUUAUCUAUGUAAUUUUAUAUUAAUUUUUAUAGCUGUUUGGGCUACUUUGUGUUGAAAGAGUGGCUGUAAUUGGAAGUUAAUUGUUCUUCCUAGCUUAAAAACUAUGUU